GUGAUAGAGUACCCCGUCGGCGGGGGCGUGUUUAAUGAGCUCGUCCCCGGCCACGUCGUCCUGGCCAAGGCCAUGCCGGCCAAAGAUCGGGCUCAUUUGAAGAAGCUCGAGGACCCGAAGAUUUAUGAGGGCGGCAUGGACCUCCUCGUCCAAAGUGCCUUCAUGCUUAUGGAAAGCCAUAAGAGGCAGUACUGGGAGAUAGCUCGCCUGCAAGCGCUGGAGCAGAAGGCUGCCUCGGCCGACGAGGCGGUAGCUUGCCUUGACCGGCUCCGGGAGGAUGCCAAGGCGCUGCAGGCCAAAGCUGAUGAAGCCGUCGCGGCCAGGGACGAUGCCCUGGUCAAGCUCGAAGAGAGCAAGAGGGAGCUCGCG